AACGCAUGCGUGGCUCCAUAUUUGCCUGAACUGCGCCGCUAUGCGGCCUGUGUAAAAAUAGGAGUGUUAAUUAAUAAGUUGUUGUCAUCAAGGGCGAAGGACUUAAAUCUGUGGAAAUAUAAACAUUACGAAAAUGUCUGAUUAUAGAAAUCAGCAAAAUUAUUGGGCGCAAGCUGCACCUCCGCCCAACUACAAUUUCGAUAGCUCUGGUUUUGGCCAACCUAACCAACAAUUUGAAUUUCAAACAUACAAUGAUCAGCAAUCUGUAAAUUAUUCGUCUUAUACCCAGAAAAGCUUUCUUGAUCCCACUGAAAGUGUAUACACUGGUGAUAUGUUCGGUCAGGAUAAUUUUCCAAAAGGUCCAGCUGGAUUUGGCGAUACGGAAGAAGAACCACCGCUCCUAGAAGAAUUAGGCAUAAAUCCUGAUAGAAUAUUAAGAAAAACAUUAGCUGUAUUAAAUCCAUUUCAUAGGAGUGGACAGAUCGAUGAUGCAAGUUAUUUGCUUCAAGAUUCUGAUCUAGCUGGUCCAGUAGCAAAUUGCUUACUCCUCGCUGCCUUUCUCCUGUUAGCUGGUUCUAAAGCACAUUUUGGUUAUGUUUAUGGUUUAGCCAUGACAUCUUGUAUAUUAAUGUAUAUUCUUCUGUCAUUAAUGACCAGUACCAGUAAUAUUACAUUGUCAUCGGUAGCAUCUGUAUUAGGUUAUUGUUUAUUACCUGUAGUAGCACUCGCGGGAUUCAGUGUCUUUUCAUCUUUGCAAGGUGCAGCUGGUUUGGUUCUAGCUGUACUGACAGUCACAUGGGCAACACUUUCUGCAUCUAGACUAUUUUGUACUAUGUCAGGAGAAAAAAAUCAGCGUCUUCUUAUUGCUUAUCCUUGUGUUCUUCUUUAUGGUGUUUUCACAUUAAUAGUAAUAUUCUAAAAGCAAUUGAUUCUACUUGAAUACUUUUCAUACAAAAAUUUCAAUUUUCGAAAUAUUGUAUACCACAUCUUGUAAAAUGAAAUAUACAAUAAUGUAUUAUUGUUAUCUUCAAUUUAAGAUUUUUAUCGUCGUAUUAUUGAUACAAUGUUAAUCAUCAUCAACAUUGAUUUAUAUGUGAAGGCUAUUUAUUUAUAUCAGAUUUUAGACAUUCUUGUAUGUAAUAUUAAUUUACAUUAUGGAUAAUAUGAUUUAUAAUUAAUUAUAAUAUCUUUAAGUAUAUUGUAUCAAUAUGAUAUAUUUGAUUAUUCUAUACAGAUUGUAAAUAAAUUGCAUUUUAAUAAAUAAUACCCUUUAUUUGAUCUG